CCGAUUUCAGUCCAGGUUCCUUCAGCUGUGCCGAGGAAUCACCCACCACCUUCUUAGACAUGACACCAGAAGAAACUGCACUUGAGUAUUUGCAGGUAUAUCUGGUUUUCGAAAAUUAUUUCUUUUUUUCGGUGACCGUGCUAUGUUGCUACGACUACAUCCUGACGUUGGACCGUGAAAUCAAAUACAUAUGGAAGGCCGAUCUCUCACUUGCAACUUCACUUUACUAUGCCUUCAGAUACGCCGCACUAUUUAAUACAAUCAUGGUAUUGCUUACUCGGAUUGCAUGGCCAAGUUGGCAAUCUAUUUCGACCUGCGGCAUCGUCUUGCGUGUGCAAAUGGUAUUAGAUAUAAUUGUUCUGGUUAGCGCUACAAUUUUCGCGGCAUUACGGGUAUAUGCCAUCUUCAGUUGCAACAAGUGGAUGUUCGGUCUGGUUCUCUUGUCCGGAAUGAUCAAUCCAGUAAUCUCCAUCUAUAUUUUCGUGAUAACCUCGCCAGAUCUUUUUGCGGUCACGGGUUUCCAAGCAUGUAUUUUUAGCAUCGUCGGCAGCUUGCCAUCCUAUGAAACUUGGAUGAUAGCUGCAAGAGCCGCCUCGCUCGUGUCUGAUGGCUUGGUAUUAACAUUGACAUGCAUGAAAACCGUUCGGAAGACAGACUUCAAGUUAGGAUUUAUAAAAUCGUCCCCUGGGUCAUCCUUGCAGGACAUAUUGUUAAGGGACACCACACUAUGCUUUGCAUUUCUCUGUGUCGUCAACGUCAUCGGGAUUGCAACAGGUCGCUUGACCGAGUUCAUCGAUAUCUGGCAGACUUGGACAGCAAUUCUCACUUCGGUGUUACUGUCUCGGCUAGCGCUCGACCUUCGCGAAGCCUCUGCAGCUGCACUCGAGAGCGAAGGGACGUUCUCUCAGGCGCCACAGGAUCUGGCAUUUGCUCAUGAAGAGGAGAUCGCGGACUCGGAGGGCUCGGUUGGUGAGCUUGACAACGUGAUGGCCGAGUCGUCGAGCUUCGUAUAGAAUGGCACGCCGCUCAGUACUAAGUGAAAUUCGUGCCACCCGUGACUGGACAUCUAUUAAUUGCAAACGACCUUCCAGCAAGGCUAAUCCUCGCUGAUCAAUCAAGUCAUGUCAAUUCGACGGGUAGACCCGCAGUAAACGAUAGACGGCAUGAGCCUCUGAUCCGGGCUCAUACUGGCAGAAGGUCGAGUGCUUCUUCGACCACGAUGGCUCGCCGAU